CAGCGUCAUCAUCGUCAUGUCAUAACAACCGAACCGGUUGUGGUUAUAAUAUCAAAUCGUAAUCAUUUUAAAUGAUAUUCUUUUACCACAUCAGUUUAACAUCACCGUUUUGUUAUCACGUACUAUUUACGAAGAUUAAAUAAUGAACUCCCUUUUAAAAAUAGACAUUUGUCUGCUUACAUUAAUCAGUAUAGCAUGUAGUGCUUCUGUACAAAAAUUGGACGAAUUGCAUAGCAAGUGCCCCGAAUUAUUUAAAUUAUGUAGACGCAGCGAAGCUCCUGACGAAUUAUUUGUAUUAAAGUGUUUGUAUGCGUUGGAUCCGAACGUUCAGUCUCAGUUCGAAGACGACUGCCAGCAUGCCUUGUGGAGCUACAUCAAUCGAAUUAUUGACAACGACAAAGUAAAGGAAGGUUUAAGCGACGCCUGCCCCAAUCUAAAUCAAUUGAAUUGUGAUGACAAGCCAAAUUCUGCUCCGGGUUCGUAUUUGAAAUGUCUGAUUAGCAAAAAGGACGAGAUUUACAACUCGAAAUGUGUCGAACAAAUCAAGUAUUACGAGAAUGCCGCCUUUUACGAUAAUGACUGGAUCGAUAGCUUUUUGAUGCAUUGCAAAGAUGACAUUGACAGCUUGCGGUGCGGUCGAAUGGAUAUUAAAAGUGCCUCACCCACAAACACCAUUACUUGUCUUCAAGAUAACAUCGGUAAAGUCAAAGACGAUUGUCGCAGGGAAGUCUUCCACCUGGCCGAGAUACAAGCCGACAACAUCAAAUUGGACCACCAGCUCUACAUGGAUUGUGCGGAAGAUUAUAAUAAAUAUUGCACACAAUUUCUUCCGGGCACAGGUAAAAUUUUUAAAUGUCUAAUGCAGCAUCGCCACGAAAAAUUGACCGUUAAGUGCUUCAAUCGUUUACAAAAGAGACAAAGAUUAAUCUCGCAGGAUUACAGAAUAAGUAAAGGCCUGAUGCGGGCAUGUCGAGACGACAUAAAAAAGACUCACUGCCGCAAGCAAACGUCCGACGAUCGGGAGAUAAGGUUGGCCCAGAUACUGGUCUGUUUACAGAACGUCGUCCACAACGGGACCAAGAUCGAACGCGAAUGCGAGAUCGAAAUGGACGAGCAUCGGAAAAUGCUAAUGGAAGAUUUUCAUCUGUCGCCCGAAAUCGUUACUGGUUGCGCGAAGGAGAUACACGAUUUCUGUGACGGACUCGAGUUCGGCGGAAAGACUAUUCAUUGCCUGAUGGAUCAGGCUCGCUUAAAGCACAAGAAGCGGAUAAGUGCUGUUUGUGAACGUGCCUUGGAAGAUUUGGUCAAGGAGACCGUGGUGGGAGAGGACUGGAGAGUGGAUCCGGUUCUGCACGACGCCUGCGAUCCGGUCGUGAGGGUGGUAUGCAGGGACAGUCGCGGAGGUAACGCCCGCGUGUUUUCGUGCCUAAUGGACAACAUUGGAGCGGAUCACAUGACGGAGGACUGCGAAGAUGCCCUCAUGCAGAUUCAGUACUUUGUCGCAAGGAAUUUUAAGUUGGAUCCUCAAUUGUACAAGGCAUGUCACGAAGAUGCGACACGUUUGUGUCACGCAACCCGCGAUUGGGACAACAACAGUGUCGAGCCGGGCCCCGAUAACGCACCUUUAGUACUGCCCUGUUUAUAUCGGUACAUGUAUCAUCCGACCGAGAAUAUGCAGUUGAAAACGGUUUGCGCCGAUCAAAUCCGUCGCGUCAUGCGACAAAGGGCAAUCAGUGUGGAUCUUCUACCGGAAGUGGAAGAAGUUUGUUUGGACGAUCUCUCCUAUCACUGUUUCGAUAAGACGGCGAAAGGCGAAGAGAUGCAGUGCCUGCAGAAAAAUCUUUUAGACCUGCAGGAGAAGUGUAAGAACGCCAUUAUUAACUAUACGGAGGUCGAGGCGCAGAAUGUCGGUUUAAAUCCGUUCAUCUCCAAGUAUUGCAAGAAGGCGAUGGAAACUCACUGUUCGUCCGAGUUAAAGCACGACGAUGGCGAAAUGAUGGAGUGCCUCAUCACUCAUAAGAACGAUCCGGACGUGAAGGCGAACGCGAAAUGUCGAGUCAGCAUCGAGCACUUCCAAAUUAUCUCGUUGAAAGACUACCGGUUUAGUUACAAGUUUAAGGUCGCGUGUAAAAAUUACGCCGUGCGUUAUUGUCAUACUGCAAAGACGAAGGCCGACGUCAUUGCGUGUUUGAGUGAGAAAGUGCGAAAUGACACGAUUAAAGGUCUAAAAAGUGACAUCCACAAGGAGUGUCGGCAGCAGAUCAAGGCGCAGCUGUUUCAGCAACGCGAAAAUAUUAUCUUCAAUCCCAAGCUGAAGGAGGCAUGCGCCGACGAUAUAAAAGAACACUGUAGUGACGUCGAGCAAGGCUCCUCACAGGUCUUGGAAUGUCUGCAAUUCAGUUCCGCAAAAUUAGGGGAGGCGUGUCAGAAGGAAGUUUUCAAAAUCAAGAGGCAAGAGUUGACUGACAAUUCAAUUGACUAUGCCUUAAUAAAGACCUGCGAGGGCAGCAUUCAACAGUUUUGUUCCAAUGACAGAAAGGAACAAGUUUUAGAUUGUUUAAAAAAACAUAAAGAUGACGUCGGUUUCGACAAGGACUGCAGAUUAAUUGUAUUACAUCGCAUGAUCGAACAACAUUCCGAUUACCGUCUCAACCCUCGCCUACAAGACCACUGCAAAUUGGAUAUAAACAAAUUUUGUCACGAAACGAUAAUACGAACAAAGCCCGAUCAGGAACUAAACGGCGAAGUAAUUAAAUGUCUGAAAAUGGCAUUUAAAAGAUCAAAGCUAACCGGCCUUUGCGAAAAGGAAAUGGUGAUCAUUUUAAGGGAGCAGGCUUUGGACGUGCAACUUAAUCCGCUUUUAAAGGCGGUGUGUAAAAACGAACUGGAGACGAUUUGUAAGAACGACGACGAAAAUAACGCCGGCAGUACUGAGGAGUGUCUGAAAAAUGCGCUGCUUAAUCAUAAAAUUCCGUCGGCCGCUUGUCAGGUGGAAGUCGCAAAUAUGAUCGAGGAAUCGCAAGCUGAUAUUCAGGUUGAUCCGUUAUUACAGCAGACGUGUUCGGUGGACUUGUUAAAGUACUGUUCGCAGAUUGCUCAAGGGGAAGGGCGGCAUAUUAAAUGUUUGAAAAGUAUUUUGAACGACAAACCAAAUCAGCUCGAGGUAGAGUGUAGGAAUAUGCUAAAGGGCAGACUGGAAAUGUUUAAAAAUGCGGCUGUCAUUGUUCCUCUUGCCGAUCUAACAGGAUUAUAUAAUCAAGUAGCACUGUCACCAUCAAAGCAUUACUUUAUGCUGGUAGCUCUAACUGCGAUAGGUUCGUUCUUUGUUGUUGGCCUGUUCUGCGGACGCGUGACUAAACGACACUUACUAAGCAAGAACAAAUGAUCGUUUCUGUAGUUGUAAUCUAGGAGAACAAUAUGUGAUAGGUUUUUACUUUAGUCAUUCUACUUGACGUAAUUUCUCGCUUGACUAUGUUGAGGUAUUAGUUUUGUGAUAGGUUUUUUAUGGUAACGAUCGAUCACUUAUGAUCUAAAACUGUGUAAAUAUUUUAAUUUAGUUACCGCAAAAUGGUUUUCGCAUUUGCACAAUUUCAUUAGUAUUUUAGGAAAAUAACAAGUGUAAAAAUUAGUGCUAUUAAUGUGUUUAUUAAUUUUUAAUCUAUCAUUUUUUUUACGUUAAUUUCAACAAUCUUUGCCGCGGUCCUUGUAAAAAUUGUGAUAAUUUCAACUACUGACAGAUUAUAACUAAGUCACUAGUUGUCUCCAACA